AUGGCCUCCGCGGACACGAAACCCACCACCGCCAAACCCACCGAGGAAACCAAGGCUGAAGAGCCCCAGAAACCCGCGGCCAUCGUCGGCGAAGAUGAUGAAUUCGAGGACUUUCCCGUAGAUGACUGGGCCACCGAAGACGCCGAAGCCGCAGAGGGCGCCGAGACAAAGCAUCUCUGGGAGGAAAGCUGGGACGACGACGAUACCAGCGACGACUUUUCGGCCCAGCUCAAGGAGGAGAUUCGAAAGGUCGAGGCAUCGAAGAAGCGAUAG